AACAAUCGUUUUUGAAUUAACAUGGCUGAUAAUAUUGAUUUUGAAGAAAUUUUUGGAAGUGAUGAUUCCAACGUUGGUAGAAGAAGCCCUAGUGGCUCCCCAGUAGGUAGUGAGCAUUCUGAAGCUGAAGUAAACAGAAGUGAUGCUUCAGAUGGUGAAAUUGCUUCUAACCAGGAAGAUGGAGAGGUUGUUAGUAAUGCAUCCGAUGAAGAGGAAGCAGAAAAUCAGUCACAAAACGGUGAACAGUCUGGAAGUGAAAGAGAAGGGUCAGAUAGAGAACAAGAAGCAGUACAAAGUGAAGAAGAACAGCAAAGUAACCAUUCAGAUGCUGGAUCUGAGAAAAAUGAAGUAGCUGAAGAUGAAAGUGGAAGCGCUGAGGAGGAAGAUGCAGUACAGUCAGACAGACAACAUAGUGAUGAAUCUGAAGUUGAGAGAGAGCCAGAACAAUCUGGUAGUGAGAGAAACCAUUCAGAUGCUGAACUAGAAGGUUCUGAAGGUGAACAUGAUGUUUCAGAUAAUGAACAAGGAGAUCACAGUGAAGUAGAAAGGGAAGAAGUCCAUAGCGAUGCUGAAAAAUCAGAAGUCCAUAGCGAUGCUGAAAAGUCAGAAGUCCAUAGCGAUGCUGAAAAGUCAGAAGUCCAUAGCGAUGCUGAAAAGUCAGAAGUCCAUAGCGAUGCUGAAAAGUCAGAAGUUCAAAGCGAUGCUGAAAAGUCAGAACCUGAAGCAGAUAAUGAUGAAGAAGAAAGAGAGGUUGGCAAUGUUGAAAGGGAAGAUGAGAAUGAGGAAGGAGAUUAUGAUGAAGAGCAACAAGAUGAAGAUGAAGAAAAAGAUGAACAAAUGGAAGUUAGAGCCAAUCAAGAAUCUGAUGAUGAGAGGGUAUCAGGUGAUGAGGAUAAUAGGCGAGAACACAGUGGAAAGUCAGAAUCAGAGAAAGGCUCGGAAAAUGAACAAGUACAGUCAGAUCAAGAAAUGAAAUCAGAUAGUGAAGAAGAAUCUAGAGAAUUGACAAAUAGAAAAAGACAGAUGAUAAGUAGUGAUGAUGAAGCAGGUUCACAGAAAGGUUCAGAGGAUGAGGAUGAGAUGCCAAGAAAAAAGGUACGCACUAUGAGUGAUGAAGAUGAGGAAGGUGAAAAUGAAAGAGAGGAACAAGCAGAAGAUGGAAGAUCUCCAAAAGGCUCAGAGGAUGAGGAACAAAUUCCCAGAAAAAAAGUACAUGAUAUGAGUGAUGAAGAUGAGCAAAGAGAAGAUGAAAGAGAUAAGCAGUCAGAAGAUGGAGGAUCUCCAAAAGAUUCUGAGGAUGAAAAUGAAAUUCCCAGAAAAAAAGCACGUGUUAUGAGUGAUGAAGACGGACAAAGUGAAGCAGAAAGAGAUAAGCAGUCAGAAGAUGGAAAAUCUCCAAAAGCAACUGCUGCUGAUCUGUUUGGUGAAGAUGUAGGUGAUAUUAGCUCUGAAGAGGAAAGAGAAACAAAUAAACAAAAAGAAAAUGAGAAUGAAGCAGAAGAAAGAAAUGAAACAAUGAUUGAGGACAGAGAAGAAGAAGAAGAACCUGAAGAACCUGUUCCUGAAACAAGAAUUGAAGUAGAAAUUCCUCGUAUAACCACAAACUUAGGAAAAGAAAUACACUUUGUGAAGUUACCUAACUUUCUUAGUGUUGAUACUAGGCCUUAUGAUCCACAAACAUAUGAAGAUGAAAUUGAUGAUGAUGAAGUUCUUGAUGAAGAAGGAAGAGCACGCUUGAAAUUGAAGGUUGAAAACACUGUACGUUGGCGAACAGUUGCAGAUAAAGAGGGAAAUCAGAAGAAGGAAAGCAAUGCAAAAAUCAUCAGGUGGUCUGAUGGCAGUUUAUCACUUCAUCUUGGUUCUGAAAUUUUUGAUGUGUACAGACAGUCCCUUAUGUCUGGUGAUCCAAAUCAUCUUUUUAUUAGACAAGGCACUGGUCUUCAAGGACAAGCCGUAUUUCGCACUAAGCUUACCUUUAGACCACAUUCAACAGACAGUUUUACUCACCGAAAGAUGACUCUGUCACUUGCUGACAGGAGUCAGAAAACACAAAAAAUCAGAGUUUUACCAACUGUUGGUAAAGAUCCCGAAGCUCAUAGAUCUGAGAUGAUAAAGAAAGAAGAAGAUCGUUUGAAGGCAUCCAUUAGAAGAGAAAGCAAACAGAGGAGGAUGAAAGAACGAGCACACUCUCGAGGCCUUAGUGCUUCUUAUCUUGAGCCUGAUAGUUAUGAUGGGGAUGAUGAUGGAGCAAUAUCUUUAGCUGCCAUUAAGAAGAAGUAUAAAAAAGGAGGGGCAGCUUUACAAGGUCGGCAGUCCAUAUACUCAUCAGAUGAUGAAUCUGAAGAAGAGGAAGAGAAGGAGCGGCGAUUGGAAGAAGCCAAAAAUGCCAAUGAAGAUGAUGACGACAGUGAUUUGGACUAUUUUGAGAAAAAGAAAGCUUCUACAGAAGGAAGGAAGAAGAUGGUAACUAUAGAAGAGAGUGAUGACGACUUGUAAAAGAGAUUGUUCUUUAGUAUUAACUCAUUGUUAUUAAUUAACGUAUAAUCAUUCAGGAAUUAUAUUUCUGUACCUAGCUCAUCAUUAUCACCUGUUUUAAAAUUUACCACAUCAUAAGAAUUUGUAAAAUAGUAAUGUUUUAAAGACAUAUUUCUGUUAAUGACCUUUAGAAACAGAAUUAGGUAUUGACUUGUACUCACUGUUCUCAUAUUUAAUUUUCUCUUAAGUUGACUUUGUAUAGCAAGUGCAGUGUACAGAAUUUCAGAAAAUUUUCUCAUCAAACUUGGAUUUAUAAAAAGUAAUUUCAUAAAAACAGACUAUUGUGUUGUUGUUUAUUCAGGAAAUGAAUAUCACUAGUUAUAACGUUUAAGGAGAAUUUUUUGAAUGCAUGUUCAACAAUCCUCAAACUGGUAAAUAAUUACCUUAUAUGUCAGUAUCAUUACUAAUCAACAAAUGGGCUGUUGAAAGAACCAGUUUAUGGCAUUACUAAACCUGAAUAUUGAACAGUCUUUGAAUCCAGUACUAAAACAGUUACAUGAAAGAAAAUGUUUAGUAAUUAUAAGAUCUAUCUUGUUUUGAGAAUUUGGAAUGCAAACACAGUUCAUCCUUCAAAAGUGUUUUAACAUUAAUAUAUUUUUUUGCAUUUUGUGUUGUUCUUUUAUUUAAAACAGUAUUAUAUUUAUUAGUUUUUAACUUGAUCUGGCACAGUAUCUAUGAUAUUUAACUAAAUAUUACUUGACAUAGCUGUUUUAAUGUCACACUUACAGAACACAAUUGUACAUAAUAUUUUAUUGUUGUAUCAUACAAAUUUUAUAGUAUCAAGAUAGUUAUUUUAGCAAUAUACGCUUUUAAUUAAAAUAUAGUUUUCAAAAGUGCUUAGGCAGAACUGUUAUCAAUUUUAGCUUUCAAUUAUAGACUUGUUGCUUAGCAAAGAAAACAAACUUUCCUAGCUUUAUACAUUCUUUUAGAAUACAGUUGCAGGCUUCCAUGUUACAUAGAACAGGUUUCAAAUUAUCAUGUGCAUUAGAUUUAGAGCUUAUGUGGAUCAUUUUGAAUAUGGGACACUUUUGAUUACAUUAUUAAAAAUUAAACUAUUUUUCCCACCAAAGGAUUUGUACACUACUAAAGAUUCAAGUUUCAGCUCUUUGUGAAUAAUACAUUCUAUACGUGUUUAGUUAGCAGUGUUACAGGUGUUAUGUCUACUGAAUAACUUGAUAUUAUGACAAUCUUGACAUCAUGUCAAGGAUAAUUUUACACCUCUUGGUGCCUUUGUAACCUUCACAACAAGUCACAGGAUCACGCAAGAUUUUUUGGUUUAUACAUACUUCAAUAUAACUUCCCAUGUUGUGCUACUCCUGGCUUUUUUUUUUUUUUUUUUUUUGGCCAUGGCAAAGU